UUGAUUCCGAGGAUAAUAAUAAACAAUCUGGCUUGACUCUUGGAAUUCAUGUAGGAAUUUUUGUAGAACCCAAUGAUACACUCACAUUGGUUCAAUAUAUUAUUUCAAUACGAUGCUUCCAUACCAGUAAAGAUGGGUAUUCUGGAUGGGAUGGUACCGAGCACCCUUUUUGCCUUAGGCUCAGAAAUCCAUCGAGAUAUUGCAUUGAAGAUGAUGGAUGGAUUCUAUAGCGGUUGUUUUGCAUUGACGGAAAUAUCUCACGGAACAAACGCGAAGGGAAUGAGAACUGUAGCUACGUAUGAUAUGAAAUCCAAAAAUUUCGUUCUGCAUUCUCCAGAUUUUGAAGCUGCAAAAUGUUGGAUCGGCGGUUUAGGAAAGACUGCCACGCAUGCUAUUGUAUUCGCGCAGUUAAUCACCCCAGAUGAAGAAAAUCACGGUCUUCACUCUUUCAUCGUACCCAUUCGAGAUCCAGACACUCAUAUGCCUUACCCGGGUGUAACCAUCGGGGACAUGGGUGAGAAAAUUGCGCUGAACGGAUUAGACAAUGGAUUUGUUAUGUUCAACAAUUAUUUUAUACCUCGAACGUGCUUGUUAAAUCGGACGUCGGAUGUUACUGAGGACGGGCGAUAUGUAACGUCUGUGAAGGAUAAGAGUAAAAGAUUUGGUGCAUCGUUAGGUGCAUUGGCUUCAGGUCGUGCCACAAUUACAUCGAUAUGCUCGAACCUGGCAUCUGUUGCGAUAUGCAUUGCUAUACGAUAUUCUGCUGCGAGGAAGCAAUUCGGACCAUCAGAAUUCGAAGAAUGGCCUGUUAUAGAAUAUCAAGCUCAGCAAUGCCGAUUAUUUCCUCACUUGGCAGCCACGUACGCUAUGAAGAUAUUUUCUAGCAAAUAUUUAAAUAGUGUGAUCGAGUUUAGAGUUAAAUUAAUGUCACCGGAGAAUACUGAUAGUUUAAAUGACGAAGGCGUGGAGAUGCACGCAUUGUCCUCGGUAGCGAAGCCGUUGUGUGCUUGGAAUAGUCGAGAUAUUAUACAGGAUUGCAGAGAAUCUUGCGGAGGUCACGGUUACCUUAAGAUGUCACGUUUGGGUGACUUGAGAGCUGAAAAUGACGCGUGUUGUACAUUCGAGGGUGAGAACAAUGUACUAAUCCAACAAACUAGUAACUGGUUACUGAGUCAGUGGUCGAAUCUAGUGACCGGGAAGCCCAUAAACAGUCCUUUGAAAACGAUCGAUUUUCUUAGAGAUGCUGACUUGAUUCUAGCGCAAAAAUUCUCUUGUUCAACGAUUCCGAAAAUAUUAAACCCAGAAAAUUUACUUUCAUACUUCAAAUGGCUGGUCUGUUAUUACUUAAAACGGACAUAUGAACAGGUGCAGAACUUGCAACGCAAUGGCUGCGACGAUUUCGAAAUCAGAAACAAUACGCAAGUAUUUUUCGCGCAAACACUGUCACUCUUAUAUGGACAGCAUGCAAUAAUGAUGUACUUCGUAGAGUGUAUAGAAAAUCCUGUGUGGCGGUCGGAAGAACGUAAUGUCCUAACGAAAGUAUGUUCGUUGUACGGCGCGUCUGUUUUAGAAAAGAGAUUAGGAGACUUUUAUGCAGGUGGUUACGCAUCGCCUGAAUGUAAUAUGGAUAAAUUAUUACGAGAAGGUAUUAUAGGCUUGUGCAAAGAGUUAGUACCAAAUGCAGUAGCACUGGUUGACGUCUUAGCACCACCAGACUUUAUAUUAAAUUCUGCAUUAGGAAUGGCUGAUGGUCAAGUCUACGAGCAUAUCAAGGAGAGAUGGUAUAAAGAUAAAGAAACCUUCGUACGACCACCGUGGUGGCCGGAAAUAAGAUCAAAAUUGUAAUAUAUAUACAACUUACACAAUUGAAAUAUAUUUUCCUGUUGCAUUUUUAAUAACUUUAUUACUGUUAAAGCUAUGUACUGAGACAAUAAAAAUGUGUUAUAUAUUCAUAGAAAAUGA